GUUGAGCUGGAAAAUUCAGUUCCAAGUUACCAGCGUUUCUUUUGUCUUUGAAAAAGUUCAAAUAAAGCCGGCUGAAGAACCAGGUUCUGAUUUUUUCUACCUCUCAGAACAAAACCCAUUUGUUUCCACGCCAAAUUCUAAAACCCAAUUGUCUCAACACCAAAUUAUCUCUCUUUUGCUCUCAAAGUUUUGGUUUAUCAUGCUCUGGCAUUCAAAUGAAUUCCUUGCUUCUGUAAAUUGGUCACAACAACAUGACUGACUUCAUGGAAACAUCAGUUCCUGUUCCCUGCACGAAUUCACAAAUCCCGGUCGAUCUUUUUGUGUCCAAGAAACAUCCUGGCUUGCCAAGUGGUGAAUUGGGUUUCGUUGAUUCUUCUGGUAACCCCGUUUACAAGGUCACUCGUCAAUCUCUGACGUCUUCAUCUAAUAAGCGUGUGUUGCUUGACGCCGCCGGAAAUCCUCGGUUUGCUUUGUGCCGUAACGAUAAGGGAUGUUGGCAAGGAUAUAAGGGUGGUGAUGCUGGGGAGAAGGACUUGGUGUUCAGAGUGAAGAGGACGAAAAGUAAACUUACCAGAACUGAGUUGGAGAUUUUUCUUGUUGGUGAGAAUUCAGCAGAUUCAACCUGUGAUUUCAAAGUGAAAGGCUUCCCUUACCAAAGAUCUUGCACAAUCUACAUAGGCAAUGACAUAGUUGCUCAGACUAGUCUGAUGUACAAAUUGAACCAGCUUUUUCCAAAGAGGGGAAAGUUUCGAUUGACUAUAUUUCCCGGAUCUGUCGACCAUGCUUUGGUUGCGGCCUUGAUUGUAAUAUUUCUGGAUUGAUUGAGGAUUAUAGAAGAACUGGUAUUCAAACAACUUUCAAAAUUCUCAACACCAAACGAUGCCACAACGUAACUGGGGCACAGAAUCAACAAGACAUGAAGUAGUUAAAGCCCUGGUUAUGAUCUCUGCAAUCAUUUUUAUCUCAUUCUUAGAUUAUUUCAUUUUAUUGAGAACUAUUAUGCAGUGUGUGGUUUACAUGAGCAUCACUUACUAAGAUCUAUGGUUAAUUAGUUUAGGGCCCGUUUGAUAACCAUUUCAAUUUUAGUUUUUAGUUUCAUUUUUCAUUUUUUGUGCUAGAGCAAAGAGGAAAAUGAGAGUGAGAAUGGAAGUGAGGAUGAGAUUGAGAGAGAGGAUGAGAGGUAGGAGUAACAAAAGUGAAAACAAAAUCUUGAAAGUGAAAACAAUUUGAAGUAGAUUUCUGUUUUUUGUUUUUGUUUUCAAUUUUGUUACUCCUCCUUCUCAUCCUCUCCUCUCAUCUUCCCUCUCAAUCCCAUUUCCACUCCCAUUCUCACUUCCAUUCACCCUUUUUUUCUUCUAUACUCUAGCACAACACGGCCCUUGGGUUUUUGCUUUUCAAGUAAAGAAAUUGCGAUCUUUGUUGCAGGCUGCAAACCUUUAUGAUUUUUUGAAGUUUGCAACAUGGGGCUUGGAUCUUACAGGGGUCCAAUGUGUUGGUGUAUUUAAAUUCCCGUGUGGUUCUCUCUUUUUGUAGUACUGGGAUGUGUUCCUCAACCAAACCAGGACAAAAAGAUAUGAGCAAAUGAUCUUUCCCUC